ACACUACAAGUAUUAUGACUUUCCAUUUUUCUUUUCAAUUAUUUACUCGUAUUUCGUUGUAUUUGCGUAAAUUAGCCUACUGUACACUCAAGUGUUGCGAUUUCAUAUCUACAAAUAUGGGAAAGAUAAAAUCCUGGUGAGAAAGACCUUGAGCAGUUUAAACUAGUCAACAAUGACACGGUCCCUCGAUAUCUAAAAAGGCGUAGUAAGUAUCAGUUCUUUUUCUUGGUUUCACGUAGUUUAUGGUUCUUUAUGGUGCGCAAUCGACUCCUAUUAAACCUAAAACCAAUUAAUUCUAUAGCUGUAUAUGAGGCCAGUGUAGUGGCUUUGUUUCGUUAAUCAAUCACCCUUAUAACCAUUAUUAUAUAAACCUCAACGUUGUUUAAAAUCAAAAGGCAAUGAGAAGCUGGAACUACAGUUUAUUAGCAGAUAGCUCAGAUUUCGAAGCUGAGAGGCAAAUAUUUAUAUACAAGCAAAUACAUCGAUCUGGGGAAAAUCCCCAAAAUGUCUGAGGAAAUUUUGGGUUCCUACUAAUAUUUCCACAAAAUCUUAUGACACUUUGGGGUUAUUUCCCAAACUUUGGAGAAAACUACCAAACCCUUAAAGAUGUCACGGUUAUUCAAGCUGUGACAAACCCUUUAAUAAGUUAUAAGUACCUUCAUUAUUUAGUUUUAAUAAUUUUCACUAUAGUUGUGGGGCCGUGAAUUAUAUUUUGAGAGAAAUAUCUAGGAAAAGUAUCGAUGAAAUUCUCGACAUUAACGUCCGUAUCCUCACAGAUUCGGAUUUGUUCGACAUAAAAAUGACCAUAUCCUUGGUUCUGCAUCAAAACGAAUUAUCCUUUAAUAUCUAUUUUAGGUGAAAGGAAACAGCGGAAUUUUACAGGACUUUUUUAGGAAGAAUAUUUCGAGAGAAAAAGUGACAUUCUGUUUACCAAAGAGUACUGCUGGUGAAGUUUCGAAACUUCCCUCCUUAUCGGGAGGGGGUACGUGUUGAAUGACCUAAUUUUCACUAAACACAGAAACCGUUGUCGAUCGUCGAUAGAAAAGGUUAUAUUGUCCUAGUGCAGGAUCUGUUGGUUGAUGUGAUUGACAGGGCGUUUGUUCGGAGACGUAAAUCAUGGAGUAAGGGAGUAACACGUUGGCAUAAUAUGAAGUCGAUUUCACACCAUCGGCGAAACGGUAGAUUGAAACUGUUGUUCUCACUACAGCACUUAGUUCUGCUCAAUCUCUUUUCAUUACCUUGUAGAAGGGUGGAAUAUAAUAUAAUCAUGACACAUACAUAUUUCAACUUUACUAGUUUUUUGAAGCUAUUAAUUUACUAUGACGCUAUUCACAAUUCUACAACCAAUCGCUCAGUGGCUGGUGUUUUUAGCACUCGUUAACGCCCUUUCAGUAAACCAACAUAGCCUGGAAUAACCAAUUAGUUCCCAUUUCCAGGGCUAAUAUACGCUUUCCAGAUUGUUGUCUCUGCUAGCUAGGUCGAUGCAAUUGGCGCCUUUGAGACUAUAUGUUACAAACCAGUUGAAUUCGGUCAAAAGUCUUCAAAUCCAAAGUUCUAAUAAUAUAACUGGAGACUCAUUUGUUGUUAAUUAGGCUGUACUUCGUAGACUUUAAGGGUUAUGAAAACACCUAAAAAUAGGAAGAAAAAACGCCGAUUUUAACCGAUUACUGCGUUACCGAACAGGAACCAAGUUUCUAACAGGAAUCCAGUAGAUUAGUGGAGUUUCAUUUCUAGCACCUAAUGUAAAAGAUACCGUUUCAUACAUCAUUAUUGUGGACUUCUUAGGUUAGCAUACCUGAAAUAUGUUUUUGAGAUCUUCAGAAAGACUUACAGUUUAUCGUUUCGUUGGAAUUUCGGUCGCUGGUGCACCGCAAAUAAUUGGUUAUAUUUCUUUCAGCCCCCUAUGAAUCUGCUUGUCUGAUUCGCGUUAAGUUGUGGACGCUGAAGACGCAAGUUUAAACGCCAUGAUUGGUUUUCUAGGGCCAAUCAAGUUUCAUAAUAAAGGACACUUCUAUGAGCAACUACUCUGUAACUUUAAAUAGCACAUAUAAGACAGAAUGUACAACAAUAAUUAGUCGGAGUAAAAUAAGAGUAUUAAUAAAAUUCCUUUGCUACCUGCUCCCUUCAACUGGAACAUGUAAGUUUAUUACAGUAAUCAGUUUUUCUAUUCACACAGAAACAAAACGGCUGUAUGAUCCAUGUUACAUCAGCUGAUACCAAGGUUCUUGUAACCAUAGAUUUGUCAAGUGAACUGGACUUAUCUACUAAGCUGAUUUCAGUAUCAAUAACUGGCUUUUGCAUUUUUGUUCUUGUCGGAAGCGACAGUGCUACGUGAAUACAACAGCACGUCUUCCUUGUUAUGAUUCUUAAACAUCCAUUCGUAUAGAAUGAGGAAAAAUAAAUAACCGUAAAUGAGUAAGAACAAUUUCGGCGAAUUAUAUGAAGCAACAUCAAAGCACAUAAAGCAGUUGAUUAUACUUGCUAAUUCGAAAAAAUAUGCUACGGCAGAAUUCGAUGAAUCAUUAAAAUCAUUUGUGAAUAGUUUCAUCCCUGAAGACGCACCAGCAAAUAUAACAGAGUAUCGUACAAAGGUUGCGGUAGAUAUAUUGUCAAGGUUAUCGGUUUUUGACAACCUUAUAUCUGUUUAUCGUGAAUUAGGAAGAAUGGCUAUUCCAUUAAGUUAUUCUACAUUCAAUCCACUCCCUUGUGAAAAAUGGGUCCUCAAGCUGACGGAUUUUCAACAAUCAUUGACUAAUUAUAUGAUCGUCAGCAUAAGCUUCACACAGAAACUGAUCAAAUCUGAUAUAUAUUUGACGGAAGUACGGCGUAUCUUACAUGUCAUCAGUGCUAUGAAAAUGUCUGAGGUUUGAAUCACUUUAUUCUUAAAAUAUGAUAUAUUAGGCUGUACUUCAACUAACAACUCUAAUUAUUUGUUCACUAAAUACUGCAUUGGCGUAUGAAUAUAGUUGCCUAACAAAAAUACUUAGAGAUUAUGGUCUACGUAAUAUUUUAACGCGCUAUACUUGCCCUGAUCCAACAAUUAAAUUGGCCAUAAACAUUUUUUUAGCGUUUACCUACACUGAUAUCAGUCAACUUCAUCUAAAAGCAGAGUAUAUUGAAUUGUUCAUGCAACAGUUCCAUUAUACUGUUAUUGGAGGAAGAAAAAGUCAUUUCUUUGAUGCCUCUAUUCUCAAUAAAGGUAGAUUAUUUGCAGACAAUUGUCAUUUUCAAAUAAAUGCUGCGUUAUCAUUCCUCCAAAUAUUUUAGUGAUUUUAUAUUGAUCAAAAGUACGGGGUAUGGAAAGUGAUUUUCUGCGAUGAGAAUCAAAUGUAAAAUGAAGUAGAGUGGGAUUCUAGCGACAGGUACUGGGUUCAAGUCUCUGUAAAGACAUUAACACUGGGAUACAAGUAAAUCUGAGUCCCAGAUAGAAUGAAAUCUAUAUCCUGGAUUUUACUGCUAGCUCUAUAUCAAAUCUACUAUGAUUUAUUUCUAUUCACUAAAGUUUUUAUUGUUAGUAUAACAAGUGUACUUUAUUUGAUUCAUUUUUGGAAUAAUAUAUAUUAAUCCGAUUGUAUAAUCGCUUCUAUUUAUACCCAAUUAUUUUCUAACUAGUCUUAGAUAUGAAUGUGUUUUAACUGGAUCUUACAUUCUUCUUCUUCAUACUUCAUUCUAAUAUUUUGUUUCUAAAACAGACACAAUGUAAUAUCCAUUGAUUAAAAAAGAUUGCUGUGGCGAGUCUACUUAUUGGUGCUUUCUUAUUCGUACCUGAACCUCGUGAAACUGUGUGAUAUCGAUACUGGGAACUCAGUUUGACUGUCCGGGGAUUUUAAUGAUAUAAUUCAGUUUUUUAAUGAAUGUGAACUACAGUUGUGUAAUACUUAACGCUAGUUGAUCGCCACGUAUAUCUAACGUUGAAACACUUGUGUAUAGUGGUUAUAAACCCUAUAACAUUAGAGAUAAACCGUUUAUAUCAUCAUGCUCCGUCUUUUGGCUCUAAACGGUGAAAGCAGAAUUGAAUUUGGCAAUCGUGAUAUUGUACGUCACUUGACAUCCUUAUCUGAUUCUCAAUCAUACGGCACAAAUGAAAUAUCAACUACUAUACAUAUUUUAUCAUCAAAAGUUCCAGUUAUUGAUGCUACCCAAGAAAUAUUGUCACUAGCUGAAGCAUAUCGCAGCAACAUAACUGAAUUGGAAGAAAAAGUUCGGACAUAUUUUGAAGGUGCUAGUAUUGAUGAAUUCUUACUUCAAUAUCCAACUGAACCUGAUAUCGGUGAUGACCAAAGUGAAGAUAAACCAUCUAUCGUGGUAGAAGAAGGAAAUCCCUACCAUCUGGAUGGUCAUAUUAUGAUAAGCUACAGUCAUAACGAUGACAAAAUAGCACUUAAAAUUAAAGAAAGCUUGGAAAAUGAAGAAAUCAAGAUUUGGAUUGACAAAGAUCACAUGGUUCAAGAUGUUAAGAUUUUAGAUGCAAUGGCAAACGCUGUGCAAAAUGCUGCAAUUGUAUUAAUACUUUUUUCUAAAUCAUACCAACAUAGUGCAAAUACUAGAGCAGAAGCUGAAUACACUCGAAAACUAAAUAAACCAACUAUUUUUCUUCGUGUCGAGUCGAAGUUUGUUCCAAGUGGUUGGCUGGGUUUCAUGAUAGGUGAGAGUCGUUAUAUUGACUUCUCCGGGAAAUAUCCAUAUGAGGAAAAAUUUGAAGAAUUAUGCACCACAAUUCACAAUGUUAGUCGUGGAUCGAUCACUGUAAAACCUGAGAAACCAAAAAAAACGGGAGAAUAUUCAUGCGUUUCAAUGUGAAAGAAUGGAAAUUCGAAAACUAUUGAGUUCAACUUGAAAACCUACCUUGCUCAGUUGGAAAUCCUUCUCCUUCAUAUAUUUUUAAAAAUCUAAUCCGUUUAUUGUUUAUAAAUGAUUUUCUAAUCACUGAUCAGAAACUUUACUAACGCUUAUUUAACUAAUAUUUUCUAUCACAUUGAAAUAUGAUAAUAUUAUGUAUUCUAUGCGCCAUUUAAUCGUUGUUUUUGAAAGAAUAAUUUGUAUAUCAUAAUUUUAAUCAGUAGAACAGGUUUCCUAUUAUGACGUAAGAGGUGAUGUUUGACUGGUGUUCUGUUUUGUUCUGACGAAUAAAACAAUCUCAUCAGGCAGAAUCG